AUGACGACUGUUGUGCUUGGAAGAAAGCUGUUGCAGGCAGCAACUCAAGACGCGGCUAGCGACGAUGAAGUGCUGCGCUCGUUGGAGGCACACGAUCGCUUUUUUUGUCAUGUUAUGGAGAACAUUCCGGCAGCAUUCUACUUUCCCACAGACGCUGAGGCCAAUUGGAAGAAGUCUGCACCCAAAAAAUACCACAAAAACGUGCAGGCACAAAAGCAGCAAGAUUCGUCUAAAAAGAACCUUCUCAAGCGCGCAAAAUUUUCGCCAGUGGCGCAGCAGAGCAAUGAGGAGCGACAGAAAGCAAUUGCAUUAGCCGAUUGUAAGUUGGUGAAGCAGAACCAGACAAAGCUAAACCAAGAGGAGGCCAAGGCUUCAAAGGACAAUAGUUUGGACGGUCUCCGUGCUCGUCUUGCUGUCAAAAUUCAAGCGAUGCGCGAGCAGCGAAAGGCCGAAGAGAAAAUAGGAAAGAAGCGUCCAUCCCGUGCUGAGAUGGUGGCUGAGCAGCGUGCUAUAAAGAAGCGCAGGGUGGCGGAUAACAAGAACAAGGCCAAGACUGAAAAGGUUGAGAAAGAGGCUGCUAGUUUGGCUCCCAGUGAGAUACAAGCGAAAAAUGACGCGAAUGCAAGGGAUGUUGCUACUUCUCUAUCGUAUGGCAGUCUGCUUCUGGAUGAUGGUCUAGAAAAGGACAACAAAAUCAAAACUCGCCACGGGCAAAGUGUUCGCGCAAUCCAAAAUCUGUUGAAAAAGGCCGAACGCAAUGCUCAACGACUUGAGGAGCUAAAGCAAACGGAAGAAGGGAAAGAAAAGAUCAAAGCUAAAGGCUGGGAUUCUGCUUUGCAGCAUGCUGCCGGCAAAGUUUUGAUGGAUGAUCCCAAACUGUUGCGUUCCAAGCUGAAAAAGAAGGAAAAGGCAAAGUCAAAAAGUGCAAAAGAAUGGAGAGAGCGCACAGCAAAGCUAGAAGUGACGAAGAAAGAGCGGCAGAAAAAGAAGAUGGCCAAUGUCCUUGGUCGCGGAAAGAAGGACCAUACGCAGCCUGUUGAAAAAAAGGGCCGAAAGGGACCGCGCGCUGGCUUUGAAGGUAAAAAGGGCGAAGCAUUUUUGAAUUCCGAUAAGAAGGGGGGCAAGAACAGCAAGUCUGGCAAGAACUAUCAGCAGGGAAGACGAAUUCGAGCUGCGCACUUUCAUUCGCAUACCUUGUCAGCGAGUUGCUUUGAUGAACGAUAUGUUGCACGUCUGAGUCAGGUUUCUGCACAGACAUGCUGUUUAGUAUCUAAAAUAAUGAAAUGCUAA